AUGGUGUCGUCCUACGGUGUCGUCCGAUGCUCAUUUGACAAUGAAAUGACAGGCCGGGUAGCAAACCGGCGCAAACCGGCCGACAAAACCGCUGGGCCUGUUAGCAAAUCCACCGCAUCUUGCACAAAGGCGAAGGCUCCUCCCGUCGUCGAUAAGGCCGCGACUCACCCUCCAAGGAAGAGAAAGCUAGUGGGAUCGGAUGAUGUGCACGAGAGUGACGCGGCCGUCUCAUCCACGAAGCGUGGGCGCGUUGAUGGCGAUCGUGAGCAGCGGGUCGCGAAGAAGCCCAAGACAGACAGCAAACACCUUCAGGUUUCGACCAAGGCGUCUGGCGUCCUCAAUCAGGCCUCGACCGCAGUUUGCACGGUGCUCAUCUUUGGAAAUGGCGACAAUGGAGAGCUUGGUCUUGGUCCCAACAAGACAGAGUCUCUUCGUCCUCGCAAAAACCCCUUUCUGAACCCAGGCGACUCCUCCAAGUUACAUGUUGUCAAAUCGCCUGUCGCGUCCCGACAUCUCGCGGCAGACACAGUUUUUGUGCAAGUUGCUGCCGGCGAUAGCUGCAGCUUUGCUCUCACCGAGACUGGGCUUGUCUACGGAUGGGGCACGUUUCGGGACUCCAAAGGCGAUGAGCGGUUCGGCUACGAAGCGGAUGGAAGGAUGAUCACGAAGCAAGACAAGCCCUCGCUUAUUCGAGGCGUGCAGGACAUAACACAGCUCGCAUGCGGCGUUGGCCACGUUCUGGCACUCGAUACCAGUGGCAAUAUCUGGGGCUGGGGAAACAACGAGCAGAACCAGCUGGGACGUCGCCUCUUCGGACGCGACCAGGACAGCCUCAUCCUUCACCAGAUCCGCGUGUGCCGCAACAAUGCGAAAUACAUUGCCUCCGGUGAAUACCACUCCUUCGCCAUCGACAAGAAGGACAAUGUCUGGGGCUGGGGCCUCAACAGCUUCGGCGAAGCGGGUGACCCUGGCACCGCGGGCACCAACUCGGCCGUCCUACCCGAAUGCUUCGUGUGGGGCCGGAUGGACGGUGGUCAGCUCGGCUUCACGUUUACGCCUGAACAGCUGCAGGACGCGGCCCAGCUCGGCCUGAACUCUGAGGAGGAUGUCGAGGUUGCACAACGUGUCAAGGGACGAGACGCGGACGAGGCGAUGCUGACGUGGUCUGGUGCUGGUGGACAGUUCUCUGUUAUCAGUGCGCCCGCCACAUUGGGCUGA